AAGAGUUAUAAAUAAGAAGGCACCGUGAAAAAUGUAUGAUCAAUCUUGUAAAAAAUACGGUUUCGAUUUAAAAGGAAGUAAUGUAGUCGUUUAGCAUAUUUUAUAACCCAAGGGUGCUUGUGGUAAUGAGAACACUUUCUAAAAAACUUUUCGAAUAAAACAUUUGAGUUAAAACAUUCACGAUUAAACCAGUCAGCAAGUUGAUACUGUAUAUAACCUAUUUGACGAUAAAUGAGAGAGUGAGAUCAACAUUUCAAAUAAGUGAAAAACUACCCCCUUCUGAGAAAACUAGCUGUUAAAGGCUGAAAUUAGAAUAAAAAAGAAAACCAUCUAAAACGAUAAAGGACAACAUCGAAACGUCCAUGUUUUCCAGUAUCAAAAUAAACCCGUUAGUGAGAUAAACCCGGUCUGACAAUAAGAAAGAAAAGCUGUUCAGUGAUUUGCUUCAAAUAAAAAUAAAAAUUAUCCCUGAGCAUUUCUAAGGUUAGUUUGUGAACUUUUAAACUUGAUAAUGUAGAAAAAUAUUUUUUUGAAAGACCCUUCAAUAAAAAGGCGUAAUGGCCAGUUUAACAAGUAUACAGAAGCUUAUACGAGUCGCAAAAUAAUUCGUGUAUCCAAACACACCAGCGGUCUAUUCUGCUUUAUGUAUUAUUUUCUCGGGGGUGAGUUGAAUAGAUUGUUAACAAAAAUGCGCUCCCUAGAACAUGAUAAAAAUGAUGUUUUUAUUACGAAAAUUCAAAAGUUGUGCGUGAUCCCCUUAUCACCCGCGGUGUUUUCUCUUUCCUGAACAUUCUCCAGGAUGACACCGGAGAGGAGAGGGGAACAGCGAACUCCUCCCAAGAGGCUCGCCCGUGCCCUGCCUCUCUCCGUGCUCAUUGGUCACUGCAGAGAGGUGUCCGAAAGCCAAGAUACGCCCAAGAGCUGCAAGUCCUCAUAAAUAGAGCAAAAAACACAUGCUCAGCAACAGGUACCCAAAGGGUGCUUUAAGCAGGCAGUCCUGGAGACAAGCACUCACCAUCCUUGGCUUUAAAGUCACGUCAAGUUCUACAUUUAAGACGCGUUCGGGGUUUUUGUUUUUGUAACAUUUGAAGAACUGAAGUUAAACUUUACUCCUAGAAGAGAAAGGCAAAAGCCAAAGUAAACUUUUUCGUUGUUGUUGUUGUUUUUUUGUUUUGUUUUGUUUUCUGGAGGCAGAAAUCAGCCCUUCACCAUGGAGUUAUCGGAUAUCACUUUUCCCAUCACCAGCGCUGACGACUUCUACGAUGACCCGUGCUUUAACACCAGCGACAUGCACUUUUUCGAAGACCUGGACCCCAGGCUGGUUCACGUGGGCUUGCUGAAGGCGGACGACCACCAUCACAACGAAGACGAACACAUUCGGGCUCCCAGCGGGCACCACCAGGCGGGCCGAUGCCUGCUCUGGGCUUGCAAAGCCUGCAAGAGGAAGACCACCAACGCCGACCGCCGGAAAGCGGCCACGAUGAGGGAGAGGAGGCGGCUGAGCAAAGUGAACGAGGCGUUCGAGACCCUGAAGAGGUGCACAUCCACAAACCCCAACCAGAGGCUACCCAAGGUUGAAAUUCUCAGAAACGCCAUUAGCUACAUUGAGUCCCUACAAUCCCUUCUCCGAGGUCAGGAUGAAAACUACUACCCAGUACUGGAGCACUAUAGCGGGGACUCCGACGCGUCCAGCCCCCGGUCCAACUGCUCGGAUGGAAUGAUGGAUUUCGGCGGCCCAACAUGCACUUCGAGGAGAAGAAACAGUUAUGACAGCGCUUACUUUUCCGAAACUCCAAAUGAUUCCAGGACUAGUAAGAACUCGGUCAUUUCCAGCUUGGAUUGUCUGUCCAGCAUCGUGGAGCGCAUUUCAACAGACACCUCGACGUGCCCGGCGCUGCCCGCGCAGGACGGGGGCGAAGGCAGCCCCUCGUCACCCCGAGAGGGAUCCAUCUUGAGUGAAGCCGGGGCGCCCGUCCAGUCCCCCACCAACUGCACUCAGCUGGCCCACGACCCCAACCCCAUCUACCAAGUGUUAUAAAUGCGCCGGGUUUCUCCCGAAAUGACUGACGAACAAACUAUACAUUCUUUAACGAACGAUUAUUCCUCUAAAGACGGUGGACAAAGUUACCACGUUUCUGACUAAACCGGGGAAUGGUUGCCAUUCUCUUCCUAUUAAUAGAAAGGUGUUCCAAUGCCUUAAAGGCGACAUAUCCCUUUUCAUGCCAUUUCAGUAUUGAUUGAUUUACAGUAUUAUAUCAGAUGCACUGUCAAAGACUAACAAGAAAAUGUGAAUACUUACGUCAGAAAACUCUGGCGAAGAGAAAUGUAUUUGUGUCAACAAACAGUAUUUAUAGAACAGCAUGUUUUUCCUAAAGGAGAUUUGGGUCAUGUGGUACAGAUCCGUAUCAGGGCUGAUAUGAUAAGCGGUGUCAUUUAUUAAUGCCAUUAUAAAGCGGUACCGCUCUAGAUCAUUUCAUCUCGGAAACAAAGUCAUCUCCGCAAAGUAUUUCCACUUUAUAUAAAAAACAAACAAACAAAAAGCCAAAACGAAACUCAUCUGGAGAAUGUGGACCAUUUUUGUAAUGUAUACUUGUAAAUAAGAGCUGCUUUGCUUAAAAUGUUUAAAUAUUUAAUGUUGCUUGUUUAUAGAGUCGCUUGGUUUGUUGUGUCAAAUCUUUAACUUUAUAUUUAUAUAUCUUAAAAUCUGGGUGAAUGUCACAGUUUAAAUAAAGAAACCAAC